UUAAAAAUGGCGGACAACUGGGCAGCCUUUAAAACAUCAGACGUCGGGAAAGAGGGUGAUGAUGACUGGGCUGAUUUUGGUGGAUUUGAAUCAGCAUCGCCUGCAUCAAACCCUUUUGGAAAUUCGUCUGCUGCAUCACAAGGUUUUCCCUGGGCCACCGCAUUUCCUGCUUCCCCUCAACCGGCCUUAAAUACCCAAGCAACAGCUGCAUCACAGAAACCAGCAUUCCCAACUAGCACUGCUCAGAGUGUAAAUAUAUCUCCCUCUCCACCGCCACGCACGCAAGAUACGAACCUACUUAAUGACCCUGGGGAAUAUGCGAUGCUUAGUACGGCUCACAGCGGUAUACCUGGACAGAAAACUACCGCUACUACAGGGUCCAUCCAACCUCCCUCAGGACCACCCACCCAGCCAAACCCUCUCAGUGGUCUUCCCUCCCAACUUACUUCUUCUCAUGGAGAACUGCCUCACCACCAACAAACACAGCAAAGCAACAUGCCCACCAAAUCCAAUCUUAUUCCUUCAAACGAAUUAUUUAUUACGCCGAGCACCGAGUUGACUACACAUUCAGCGCCACCCCCUGUACUACAGUCAGCGCCACCCCCCGUACCACAGUCAGCGCCACCCCCCGUACCACAGUCAGCGCCACCCCCCGUACCAUCUAGAGAACAUCGCACCGUGACUGCAGUAGCACAGUCGCCAGCUGUGGAUGAAACUCGAGUUCAUAAUUUACAAGGGGAGUUAAAGGAAGCUAAUGAAAAAAUGAAUGACUAUCAAAAUAUGUUGCAUAUAUCCGAAGAAAAAUUGUCACUUGCUGAAAGAGAAAAGAUUCGACUAGAAGAGAGCUUGGAGAAAAUGAAGAAAAGAUAUGCCGCCGCAACAGAUGUAGCAAAGGAACAGUAUUUAGAAAUAGAAAAGCAGAAGGAAAAAUACAAUGAAUUACAGGAUAAGCAUGAAGACCAGUUGAAAAACCUAAGAGAGGCAGGACAAGAAGCUUUUGCAUUGAUUGUGGAAGAAUACAAGGAAUUGUCAAAAACAGCCGUUGCACAAGAACGAGAGAAAAAUGAAAAACAUUUACAACAAGUACUUGAGGAAGAAAGAGAAAAAUUUACAACGUUUAUCAAUCAACAGGGAGAGAAUCUUAAACUGGUGGUAAAAGAAGAACAAGCUGAUAACUUAAAGAAAUUAGAAGAAGCCUUAGAAGAACAAAAAGCUAAACAUCAAGCUGAAUUACAAGAUUGUCUUGCGGAAGAAAGAGAACGUGGAAAAGGAGCUGUUGUAAAGGCUGUGGAGGAGGAACAAGCUCGCGGGAAGGUUUUGACAGAAGAGUUGAUAAAUGAGCAGAAAAAAGAGUUUGAAAGUUUUAUAGCAGAACAAAAGAAAAUUUUCGAAGAAAAUCUUGCAGAGGAGAGAAAGGAGACCGCCAAGAAAAUCGAGGAAGUCCUUAAAGAAGAACAAGAACGAGCUAAAAAUGAUUUGGAUGAAGUAAUUGCGGAAGAACGACACAAGUCACGAAAUGUUGUUAGCGCAGUUAAAGAAAAGACGAAAGAAGAAAUGGGGCAGUAUAUCAAGGAGAAAGAAAAGGCUGACGAGGCUGUUCGACUACGGAGUUACCAAAAUGUCGAUUUUAACAAUUCUGGUGAUAGCUGCGCUCGUUACUCAGAGCAGAGCUGCAGAUCCAGAGUAUAUAUUAUACGCGAAUGCAACCCACGUAAUUUAGGUUACGAUGCUACAACAAGACGACUUUUUGUCUUCGAACAAACAACCGCGAACUUGCGCUCGAUGAAACUAGAUGGCUCCGAUAGUCGUUUGUUACUUGAUGUUAUACGCAUAAAAAGAUUCAGUGUGGAUGACAUUCAGCAAAAGAUUUAUUAUAUCAACUCUGCAACUGAUUAUACUAACUCAGCAAACUUUAACGGAUCAGACUCCAAAAUCGUGCUUGGUGCUGGCCAUGAUGAUCUCACUGAUAUUCAGGUGGAUCCUUUGAGACAGUUGUUAUUCUUUGCUGCUGAUAAUUCUGUGCAAAGAGAUCUAGUUGUUUACAAUAUUAGCAGUGGAGUGCUAAGGACAUUAUACAACGCAAACAGUUCAUCAAUUAGGCUAACAAUCGAUAGAUUGAAUGAGAUCAUUUACUGGAUAAGCUAUAACGCUGAUGGUGAAAGUUUUAUCUUAAGAAAAACUGAUUACAGUGGUAAUACUACAGUUAUAACCAGUUCGUUUGGAAGAUCUGGAAAACCAGCGAUUACCCAGAUUGGGAAUUAUUACUACGUUCUUGAUUCACCUCAGUCAAUCAUUCGUAAAUACGAUAAAGCCACUGAUACCGUUGUUCAAAACAUCACAGUUUACAGUGGAGCUGCAGAUAUUAUUGGAACUAAUGACCUUAACGAAUGUAAUGAAAGUCCAUCUCCUUGUGAUCCGAAAGCAGAAUGUAGGAAUUAUCUUGCUGGAUUCUCAUGUGAAUGUAUGUCUGGUUAUACUGGAAAUGGAACCAUCUGCGAGGAUAUUAACGAGUGCAACGCAACAGGUGCUAACCUUUGUUCUGAUGAAUCGUUUUGUGUCAAUGAGGACGGCAGAUAUCGUUGCGAUUGCAGGCCUGGUUACAAUUACAAUGGCACACAUUGCAUAGGUUAG